ACGUGGUAUCUUACCUGUUUGCAUGCGUCUCAGCUGGCAUUAAGAAGAUGCUGGCUCUCCUGUUAUGUCAGUGGAUUAACGGUUCAAGAAGAAUUCGCAUUUAUUAGCACGUCCGCCAACAAAGAAAACAAAGCAACCAGAUCUGAACAUCACGGCUGAAUCAAGAACAAGGAGCUCCAUUAUAGGACCCAACAGGAGGAAUAAUGAACUGGCUGGACGAGGUACCUUUCAGGAUCCCGGCUGGAUUUGAAGAAUCGAAGGAGGAGGAGGAGGAGGAGAAGCCGGUCAUAGCUCCAGAUCUGACUAUCCCCGACUUCCUCUCCAUACUGGACGAAACACAAUACGAGUUCACCCAGGAGAGGUGGGUGCUGCAGUGGGCAGAGACGAGCACACCCGAGGCCGUGCCAUCUUGUCCCCCCUACUGGAUGGUGUUCUCCAACGCCGAGGAAGGGAUGUGCUGGAGCCCUGCUGAGGCACCGAGGCAGAGGAGUUUAAGUGCGGCAGAUUUUAACCUGGGCCCCCCCAGGGCCAAGUUUGUGAUGUCGGACUCCGAGAGCGACGGCGGUUACUCUGACGAUGACGAGCACUCCUCGUCCGACGACAGGGAGGAACUGUCCAUCAGGCCAUCGUCUUACGAGUCGGCACAGAGGAGCAGGUUCCCAGUGCUGAAAGACGGGUGGCAGUUUCAAAGGAGGUUUCAGGGGCUGAAAGAUUUCAGACCGGGUUCCUUUCCUUUCCUGUUAAACCACCAGUCUCCCACCAACUCACCGAGACAAAGGAGGAACUCCCUGUAUUUAGAGCCGUCCUCGUAUCAUGACUUGGAGGUGUUGGAGAGACAGCGGGUGAGCAGUCCCCUGUGCCAGAACCAGAGGAGAACCAAGAGGAGGCUUCUCCCACUGUGUCACUGCGGCCGCAAUUCCUCUCUGGGGUUUCCCACCCCACAGCCUCCAUCAUCCCCUCCAUCAGCACACCUCCAGCCCAGGCCUGCCACUGCCGGCCAUAUUCCUGCAAUCAGGAACCAUAAACCCACACACCCGUCCCUGAGCCCCUAUUCCUGCCUCCCGCCCCCUCCCUCUGCCUCUCGACCCCUCAGUUCCCACACAUUUUACCCAGAGUCCUCGGCGGACCUACUGCCAGCUCUCAGCCAGGAGGAGCGAGACCUGCUGGAGCCGGUCAUUGGCCUGGGCUAUCCCAUGCACGCGGCCAUCUGGGCUCUCCAGAAGAUUGGGAAACAGAGUCCCGACCAGAUCCUCGGUUACCUCGUCGCCUGUGACCGACUCUGCAAACAGGGAUAUGAAGAAGUGCAGGUGGAGGAGGCCCUGGAGAUGUUUCAGUACAGCGAGACGAAGGCUGCCGAGUUCUUGAAUCUAUUGACUCAGUUUCAUGAGAUGGGGUUUCAGCAGAACGAAAUCAAGGAGGUCCUGCUGGUUCAUGAAAACCACAGGGAGCGAGCCCUGGAGGAACUCAUGAUGCGCGUGGAAUAAUUCAAUCAAACUGCAUGCAGCAGGUACCAGCAAAUGAAACCAUAGCCCCAAGUGGUUUACAUUACCACUACUGUUCACACACUUAUAUCUGUUGCUUUUCUAUGUGUCAGCCCUUUUGGUUAAAAUGUGUUAUUAAUUUUGUGUAUCAAAAUAACCUAAGGGUUACUAUAGUGCUAAUUCAGUAUUACAGUUUUGCUUCAUACUGCUAUAUACUGUAACUUGACAUUGUACGCCUCAUCAUGGUUUGUGAUUUUUAAUGAUUAUAAACUGGUACUGUACAGGGAUGGCAAUCCGACUCCUAUUGCAUAGCACUUUCACCCACUCCAGGUUUUGACAAUCGGCUUUAGUUUACAGAUCUCCUGUUGAUCAUAAUAUGUUAACCUUGAAUUUAAAAAUGUGAUUUUGUUUUGUAUGUUAAGAAAUAAAAUGUAUUAUUACUGAAAUUGAAAUGACUGUAAUUGGACCUUGUCUCAGUGUAUUAUACUGUGAUCAGUAGUAUAUGAAUCAAAUAAAUCCAUUACAUUUAC